AUGCAGGCCUCUCGACUUUCGUGGCUGCUUGCCGCGGCUGUUCUUCCUGCCGCCCUCGGCCAGACCAUCAAUGUCGACGGCGAGGCUGUCCCUGCUGACGAGUCUAAUGUCGCCCCGGCUUGGGCCGAGCCCGCAGCUGCGUCCUCAAGGUACUCAUUCGUUGAGGAGACUCCUCAGCUUACUGACGCCGUGCUUGCCAACCUCACUGAUCUGGAGUUGAGCAACAUCGACGCCUUCUACUUUGAAAACACAAAAUCCAAGCGGUCUGCUGCUGAUGCUCCCAAGUGCAAGACCUUCCCGGGCGACAAGCUCUUUCCUGGCAAGCUCAUCUGGAAGGUCUUUGAUCUCCUCUCUGGAGGUGCAUUGAUUGACACUGUUCCCCUUGGCUCUGCUUGCUACAAGGGAGAGCAUUACGAUGAGGCCAAGUGCAAGUUUCUCUUGGAUAACUGGUCUAACUCGACCACCCACAUCAGUGACCCAACUUCGGUCAUGUCGCCCCUCUACGAGGGUGCGACAUGUGAGCCUGCCAACGCAGCUGAGGGCGGCCAAUGCACACUCGGUGGCUUCCCCUUGUAUUCUGUCAAGGCCACCAAUGUUGCCCAGGUCCAGCUUGCUGUGAACUUUGCCCGCAACCUCAACAUUCGCCUCAUUAUUCACAACACAGGUCAUGACUUCCUUGGCAAGAGCACCGGUGCUGGCGCCUUGUCUAUCUGGACUCACAACCUCAAGGACAUCAAGUUCACAAAGAGCUAUCGCGGUGCGGGCAGUUACACCGGCCCUGCGUUCAAGCUUGGUGCUGGUAUUCAGGUCAAGGAUCUGUAUGAGGCUGCUGACCGUGAGGGAUACUCUGCCGUUGGUGGAGAAUGUCGGGACGUCGGUGUGACUGGUGGCUAUACCCCCGGUGGUGGUCACUCCCCCUUGAGUCCCAUCGCCGGUCUUGGCGCUGACCAAGUCCUGAGCGUCGACAUCGUCACUCCUGAUGGUCGCUUCGUGACAGCUGAUGAGAAGCAGAACACUGAUCUCUUCUGGGCUGUCCGAGGUGGUGGCCCUGCUACCUGGGGUGUUGUCGUCUCCAUGACUGUCAAGGUCUACCCCAAGAUGAGCUUCUCUGGCAUGACCUGGAGCGUCACCACCAAGGACGCCGGUAUCUCUGAAGAGGCUCUUUGGAAGGCCCUUGAUGUUUACUGGCGUCGCUUCCCCGAGUACUCGGACAAGAAAAGCUACGGGUACAGCUUCCUCUUCCCUGCCGGCCCCGGCAACUAUCUCUGGACCAUGAACCCUUGGAUGGUCCCCGGCAUGCCCCUUGCCGACUUCAAGAAGAUGGUUACACCUCUUCUGGAAGAAUGGAAGGCUCUUGGUGUUGAUCCCAAGCCCACAUUCUUUGAGCAUGACCGUUUCUUGCCUGCUUGGCGAACACAUUUCCCUGCCGAAAGCGUCGGCAACCCUUACGUUCGUACAGGCUCUCGUCUGAUCCCCCGAAAGAACUGGGAAGAUCCCGAGCUGUUGAACAAGACCAUCUCUACUCUCAAGGGCAUUGGAUCUGAGGGAGCUAUCCUGAUUAUCUACAACAUCAACGCCGCUGCUCCUAAGGGCACUCCCUCCAACUCAGCUAACCCUGCAUGGCGCGAUGCCAACAUGUUUGCCAUCACCGGCCUAAGCUGGACCGCCAACUCCACUGCACAAGAGGUUGCCGAUGUAAACAACAAGCUCACCCACGAUGUCAUGGAGCGUCUCAAGGCGAUUACUCCCGGUGGUGGUGGUUACGGCAACGAAGGCGAUGUCAUGGACCCUGACUUUGGACAGUCCUUCUUUGGUUCCAACUACCCUGCUCUUUACAAGUUGAAGCAGCAGAUUGACCCCUAUGGUGUGUUUUAUGCUCCUACCGCUGUUGGUAGUGAGGAUUGGUACAUCACGGGCCAGGAGGCCUACGUGACCAAGCAGACUGGUCGUCUUUGCCGCAAGUAG